UGCAUGGAUAAUUGAAUAAUAAAAAAAAUCUCACAAAUUUCUUGUUUUUGCAAGGGGGCUUCCCAACCCCACCUUUGUAAAGCAAAAACUCUUCCUACGACCAGAACAGAACCAAAGCAUUCUUUUCAUGCCCCUGUGUCUUCUCGUUACUUACCUUCACACGAAAUCCAACCUUCUCUCUUCCAUUACCCCCUCGUCUUUCUUCUCCUUCAAACAAAACCAACAAAUUUCCACACUUUUUUACAUAAUUUAUUUCACUGUUAAAGUAAUUAUCUUUGUCGAAUAAUGAGAUAGUGAAAAGACAGAAUCUUGAUUUGUUUUGGAGGUUUUUUGAUUUGUUUAGUGUAAUGGGAAAUUGGAGAAAUCGUCCAUCACGUAGAUUCUUUAACAAAACAUCAACAACGUAUUCUUAUGUCUACCCUGAAUCUCCUCCUCACUCAAGCUUUGUUGAUGAUGGUAUUCCUUCAUGGGAAAAGAAGUUCUGCUCUUUGAUUGGAUCAGUACCGUGGCGGAAGGUUGUAGAUGCUAAGAAGUAUAUGUAUUGCCAUGGUAACAUACUCAAUUGGGAUGACUCAGCAGGUGAAGAGGCAUUUCAUAAUGCUAAAAAACGCUUCUGGGCAGAGAUCAAUGGUGUCUCUUGUGGCAUCUCUCCACCUGAUCCAAAUUUAUAUAUCGAUGAAAUAAAGUGGAAUGCCUACAUUGAUCCUGAAGUCAUCAAGGACUUGGAACAAGAUCUCUUUGUCCCCUAUGAGGGAGAUACAGGUGGCAAGGUAGGGCGUAAAAACAAAAAAAGAAGGAAGUUUGUCUCCAUUCCUUCAAAUGGGUGUUAUGAGAAUACAGAUGAUGCUAAAAAUCCUUGGGAAAGUAAUAACAAUAUGCAAAGCAGCUUGUCUUUGAUUGAUAAAGCGAAGAGCUGGAACCAAUGGGAUUCUGAUAUCAACAAAUCUAGUAAUUUAAAUAAAGUUGAUAACCCCUGGGAGCGUGGCUUUUCUCAGGAAUCUGAAGCUGUGAAGGGCAAGACAUGGGGUGUCUGUGGUAAUAAAUCAUGGGGAUGGAAUCAUAGUGGAAACCAUGUUGAUCAGUCAAAUGAUUGGAAUAACAACAGUAACCCCUGGCAGCAUAGCCGUCAAGGAGUUGACCCUGCAAAUGACAAAGGGUGGGGCAAUUUGAGGGAUAGUUCUCGGGGCUAUAAACAGCAUGAAUCAAGGAAAUGGAAUAAUGACUGCAAAUCUUGGGGAAACGGAUUUUUUCAGGGUAGUGGAGCUUCUAAAGAUAGAAAAUGGGAAGACAACGGCAGCAAUUCACAGGGUUGGAAACAGUGGGAUAAUUAUGGUAAAAAUACAAAAGGUUUGGAUUUCAGAAAACAUGGUGGUGGUUGGGAAACCCGGAAUGAGGGUUCCUGGCAGAGGGAAGGUGCUCACCAACAUAUAACUGGCUACGAAAGCACAAGGUUUCAAGGGGAUGGUUUUCAAACAGGUCAUUCCUGGAGUGGAGGAAGAACUAAGAGGAGGGUUAGUUUUGCUUUUGAAUAGCCAAUGUUUGUUGAAUAUUCUUUCUUUUUUCUUUUUCCUUUUGCCUGGGAAACAGAUGCCUGUGCUGCCAACUCAUAUUUCUGAAGAUGACAGAAAUUCACAGCAUCAAAUGGAGCAGAUUUUUGCAGAUGCCAUCAAGCUUUUAGAUUUCUGUUUAUUUCUUUGACUCACAAAGAUAUGCUUCUUGUGUGCAAUUCACACUACACCCUGACAAAUAAAGAAAGAAACAAUCCUACUGGGUGUUCAAAAGUUCAUACAUGCAAUUUCUUUAGAAAAUCUACGAACAGAUUAUUAUUAUUAUUUUUUUGGAAUUUGUCAUCAAUGGCGUAUUUAGGCCUCUGGAUUGUAUCUUGUGCAGUAUCAUAAAUUGAAUGUGAACCUGCCAAAACAGUUCCCCUUUUGGGUGGUUAAUUCUGUACUGACAUCUGAUUGUUCAAGUCAGGUGAUUCGAUUA